GAUUAUUUGUUUUGUGAUGUUUGCAAAGGGUUAAAAGUUCAAAGAGCAACAAUGUAUAUAAGGGAGUUUACAUUCAAACCUUUGCAAUGUCCUCUAAGAAGGGAAUUGACGGUUAUAACAGGACAAUAAGCUUCAUAUUCCAUACCCUUCUUCUUAGAAGGAUGAAGCUCACAAUUUUAUUACUAGUGUGCAUUCAGGUACUCGGCUCUAGAGCUGCCAAAAAACAAACCCAUGUGUCUAAGUUUACAGCCCUUCCUUGCAAUGACCCUGGAGCAGAAGCAGCUGCGGAUUUGUCCCUGAGUCAGCUAAAUGCCAACCGCAGACAGGGUGCUGUGUUUGGACUGAAGAGGAUUGUCAAUGUGCAAGAACAAUAUGAGGUAUAUUAUUAUUAUUAUUAUUAUUAUUAUUAUUAUGUGCAAACAUCUUCUGUAGCUCUUUAUAAUGGGUUAAUAAGAUAUGAUGUUCAACCAACCAGUUUGACAAAACAGUUUAAGAAAUGUAUAUAUUUCCAACCCUUAUUACAAUGUUUUUAUAAUUUGUUGUAAUCUUACAACAACAACAAAAAUUUAUCUAGAUAUAUGCUCUAGAUAUAUGCUCUAGAAGGGGGGUGCAAAUUAAAAAUAACUUUCUAAAAAUUAGGUUUAGGUUUAUUAUAAGUAAAGUGUAUAGUUCCUAGAAUGGCCAAUAGUUAGGACUUUAAGAAACGUAAGUAAAUUAAUAAUUUUCUCUAGCACAUUUUUCCAUAAAUUGAUGCUAUAUUAGCUGUUUAGCAAAAUUAGCUGUUAAAAUUAUUGCCUGUGCAAAAUCAUUCAUUUGUAAUAAAUAAAUAUUUUAUUUGUUAAUUUAGUGAUUAGUGAUUAAUUGACAACAGAACUUAUACAUUUAGAAAAAACAAACAUUUUGGAAUAAGUCAACAAAAGAGAGAAUUGAAAAGGAUUUGGAAUUGCAAAUGUUGGAUCAAAAUUGCCAGUUUUUUUUUUUACCUUUCAUCUAAGUUUCUUCUUUGGGACAGUAUUUUUGGUUUAAAUGUUGUAGUCCAUUUGCCAAUCCUUCAUUAAUAAACCCAGGUUACUGUUACAAUCCUGCUUCUUAGUAGAAUUUUUCCCAUUUCACCCACUCUCAAGCUCAAUGUACUCCCAUUUUUUUCUUUAUAAGUCAUUCAAGAUUCAUCUAUAAUUUUUCACACUACACCUAAAUCUGUGCAUUUAAAUUUCUCUCUCAUACAUGUUCAGUUCUUCUCAUUUCUCACUAAUGGUCACUUUUAAUAACAUUUCUCUUCUUCAUUUUCCACAUUUCUCAAUUUCUCUAUCCCUGAACCACAUUAAUGAUUUAUCUCUCAUCCUCUAGCCCUAAUUCACUCUUUACUAUGUACUCUUUUCCUAUAUUUCUCAUCCAUUAGUUAAGUGUUCCCCAUAUCUCUCGCUCAUCAGUCAUAUCCCUGGUUUAUAUAGCUUUGUGGAGUUCUUUUCUUUGUAAACCGAUUUCCAUAUUUUUCCUCAUUUAUUAAUUAAUUUCCAUUUAUUUAUAUCUUUUAAUCCUUUUGAUACAUUAUAUCUUUUUCCAUCAUCUGGACUUUCCAAACACCCAACCAGUCCUUCAAAACCCCUUUUAGUCUUCUCCCAGUUUCUUUUGUAGCUUUCAGUCCAAAAGCAUAUGUACAAACCCUCCAGUCUCUCGAUUAUAUUCUAAACUUGUUAUUACUCUGCCAUUUACCCACUUUACAAAGCUCUCUGAAAACAUUUAUUUCAAUGCCCCCCCUUUUGUUGGCUUGGGAAAUUCACAGAUUUAUCCAAGCCCUGUACUUUGUUUGAAUGUAAUAGCACAGGGAUUUAGCAGCACAGUUCUAUGCACAGCACAUGUUCAUCUUACAGUGCAUCUCUAGGAGCGUGUAUCAUUUGGCAUGUGUCUGGGAGCGUGUAUCAUUUGGCAUGUGUCUGGGAGUGUGUAUCAUAUGGUAUGUAUCUGAGAGUGUGCAUCAUAUGGUAUGUAUCUGAGAGUGUGCAUCAUAUGGUAUGUAUCUGGGAGUGUGUAUCAUAUGGUAUGUAUCUGGGAGUGUGUAUCAUAUGGUAUGUAUCUGAGAGUGUGCAUUAUAUGGCAUAUACCUGAGAGUUUGCAUCAUAUGGUAUAUACCUGAGAGUGUGCAGCAUAUGGUAUGUACCUGAGAGUGUGCAUCAUAUGGUAUGUAUCUGGGAGUGUGCAUCAUAUGGUAUGUAUCUGAGAGUGUACAUCAUAUAGUAUGCGUCAGACAGUGAAAGUGCACUGAAAGAUGUCCAUUAAUCUUAUAAAUUAGCAGCCCUUAUUUUCCACAAAUAUUUUUCAUGCACUGAAAAUAAAGAAAGGAUGCCAAGAGGCCCAUAGUUAGAUAAGUGGUUCCUUUGAUCUGUUAAUCCCCAAGCAAAUUAUUUUACCUUCCUGGCAUUAGUGGGAUCUAUCUCAGACAGAGCACACUAUAAAGAGAGAAAUCAGAAAUGGGUAUUAUCUCACAUUAAAGCUAUGGUUUCUGCUUAAUACCAUAUUCACUAACAAUGCCUCCAAAUCUCCAUAUUAAAUGUUUUAUUGAGAUGUGUGAAUACACGUACAAAAAAACAACACGAAAACCAUAGACUUCUAAGAAUCAAAGCAAACUUAAACUAGAUAAUUCAUCCCCCAAUUCCUCCUCCAUUAGUGCCUCUAAAACUGUACCUGGUCCCCCAUGGGAUCAACUGUCUUUCUCAUGGUUAGACAACCUUCAGCACUCCAGAUGUUGUGAACUACAUCUCCCAUGACGCUCUUACAGCCAUAAUGCUGGAAAGCAUCAGGGGAGUUGUAGUCCAAAACAUCUGGAGUACUGAAGGUUGUCUAUUCCAGUCUAGAUCAUUCCAGAGUUUGGGUGGAUGAUUCUAUAUCAUUUCAAAAGCUAAUGGUAUACUCUUGUGUGACCUAAAUCUGAGAGCCAUAUGCUUCAUUUUUUACAUUUUCUAUUAGUUGCCACCUGGAGUGAGUAGUAGGGUUACUUUUCAUUAAAAGAGGAGCAGAAGCGGCUUUAGUAGACUUGGAGAUUAAUUUCGGUCUAAACGGCAAUCCACCUGAAAUUUGGGUCAAUCAGGUCAAAUUCCUGAACUCCGAACCAAAAUGUAACUGAAUCAUGAACCAACCAAAACAGACAAUGGCCAAGCUUGUUUGUUUUGAUUUGUGAUUCUGUGUCUGCCUGUGGCACAAAAAAAAAGGUGAUUGAUAGGAGAAAAAGUUGAUUGACUGCAAGGGGACAGUCACUAAAUGUUGAUUUUAUUCACAGAUCAAGUGAAAAGUGAGCAACAGUAAGAAAAAAGAAAGAUCAUUAAAAAAAAAUAAUAAUUCUAUAUUUAAAUAUUUAAUAAAGAUAUAAAACAUAAAUAUAGAUUUAUUUUUACUGCUUCUUUUAUUUUUCCUUCUAUUAGUUAGUUUUUAUAACAUUUCAGCCAUUUAACAUAUGGCUGAAAUUUAAGAGUUCCAAAAACAUUUCUAUUUUUAUGAAAAAUGAUUCCGGUCAAGCUGCAUUUUCUUACUGUGCACAAGUCUAGGUUUUAGCUAAUGAAUGAAUCCUGCUGAAUUUUAACAUUUAAAGUGAAAACAAUUCUAAAAGUUGACCCUUUAAAUUCCAGUUGGUAGUUUCCAGGCAGUAUGUAGCCAGCCUUUAUUUUCCAGUUAUAAUUGGUUCAUUUACAAAAUGAUUACUGCUUACUCCAUUGUUCCAAUGUUCAAAUCUUACCCCAUGUUCUAAAUUUCAAUAUGUAUAAAAUGUAAAAUGUUUACAACUUUGAACCUUACCACGUUAUUCCAAUGUUCAAUAAACUAAAAGCAGACAUUAAUAUGCAAGUGCCAUAUCUGACCUGUGUUAGUGAUGGAGUGUAUUUAAUUAAAUAUAAUAAUGAAAAUCCUGUAAAUGUUCCUGCAGGAGGAGACUGGUUUUGUGUAUUACCUGACCGUGGAAGUGUUGGAGACAGAAUGCCAUGUACUGAGUCGAAAAGACUGGAAAGACUGUGCACCUAAAGCUCGCAAUCAAUCUGUACGUUUAACUGAAACUCCCAGAUUAUGUUUUUUAUAUCUUGUAAAAGUUUGCAGUAUCCAUUCCUGGGUAUAACUAGAUAGCAUCGAAUUCUGACUUGACCACCUUCACGCGCUAAUGUUUCAUUAUGCGGUAUAAAAAUUGUAAAUCAAUGUAUAAAACAACUAUUAUUUUGUAGUUGAUAAACCCUUUAAAGGGACGCUAUAGAUAACCAUACACCUCAUCUCAUUGAAGUCUGUGCAAUAUCCCAGUCCUCUUAACCCUGCACUGCAAAACAUUUGCAUUGCCAUUGUCUAGUGGAUGUCUACUAGACAGUCACAAGAGGCACUUCCUUCUGUUUCACUGAGUUUAACUCCAUGAAUUAAUGCUGGGUGUCCUCAAGUGGUGCAGAGUGACCUCGGUGCUGGAACCAGUUGAGUCUUUAAAGGUUUAUUUAAGGUUGGGGGGGAGGCAAAAGAGUGUUAGGAAUGCAGCUUUGUUUCUUUAAAGCAAGUAUAUCACCCCAUCCCCCAAUUGUUGUUAACAUUAAUCAUGCAAUACUUGUACAUUCCCAUGUGAGUUUCAUUGUAUUUUUUUUAUGUUUUUCAAGGCAUUUGGACAAUGCAAAAUUAUUUUCCAUCUUAACAAACCACAGAGAAUAGCUCAAUUAUACAACUAUGACUGUACCCUGACACCAGGUAUGUAAUGAAAUCUAAAAUGUUUCAAACUACACAAAGGGUAUUCUACAGAGUUCCACAUAUGACUUGGUAACAAAUGAGUGUUUUUGCUUCUCCUAUACCAACAAUUAAAUUUGUUUUUAUAUAAUAGGGCUCAGAUAAGCAUUUAUAAUGGCAGAAUUGUGUAAGCCUACCCGAGGGAAACAUAUACAUAAUUUGUAUUAUUUUUAUUAUUAUUAUUUAUAAAGCGCCAACAAGUUCCGUAGCGCUGUACAAUGGGUGGACUAACAGACACAUAUUUGUAGCCAGACAAGUUGGACACACAGGAACAGAGGGGUUGAGGGCCCUGCUCAAUGAGCUUACAUGCUAGAGGGAGUGGGGUAUAGUGACACAAAAGGUAAGGGUAGGGUAGAAAAGAAGGUGAUUACUGAUUCAAAGUAUAUAUUCUGGGGCAGAAGGAUAGUAAAAAAUAUGACUUAAAUGUAAAUGUAUAGGGAUAUGCUAAGCACAAAAAAAACAAAAACCAUGAAAAACCUAUUGCUAUGGCUGCAUGAAGAAAAUUAUUUAAUUCCUAAAUAACAGACAUGGGCACUGAGACUGCAGGGACAUGAUCUAUACACCAAAACUGCUUCAUUAAGCUACAGGUGUUUUGUUACUAAGACUCUCCCUUUAAGAAUACAAAAUAUAAAUUUGUGAAGCUAUUCUGCCAUCUUUUCCGUGAAGAAAACUGAAGAACCACACAUAGGUACAAAGAUCUUAAACAAAGACGGGCCUUUUUAAGAGUUAUCUCUUCCUCUGCUCCCUUGUGAUAAACCACCAAACCGUGUGAAUCUAUACAUCAACCUACUCACAAAGUAAGGUGUGUGAGAAGUACCUGAAAAUGCUCGAGAACGUUGGUUCCCAGCCCAGUCCUCAAGUACCCCAUAACAGUACAGGAUUUAGGUAUUACACAGUUGUGUCUAAGGUGUUUUUAGAAAGGAAAAAAAACACACACUUUAGACACAACAGUGUAAUCCCUAAAUCCUCGACUGGUAGGGGGUACUUGAGGACUGGGUUGGGAACCCCUUGCUCUAGAACAGGGGUAGGCAACCUUUUAGUAUUACUGUGCCAAAAACAAUCUUAAAGUCCCAUAUGUUCCUGGCUUUUUUUUUUAAAUUGAGGUGUGUAUGUUGAUGUAUUAUGCUUGUGUUAUUUAUGGGUCUUGCAGUUGCAUUGUAACUUUGUAUUUGUGCAUAUAUGGGCUGUUAUAUUGUAUAUGUUCACGAGUAGUGUGUGGUUUUUGUGUAUAAGACCUAUGAAUGUAGGCUGUGUAUGUGGGCUGCUUAAGGAAUUGUGUUUCUGGAUGUUUCACAUUGUUUUUGGUGGUGUGUGUAUGCAUUGGGCUAUUUAUAGUAUUGCAUGUGAGAGGCUGCUUGUGUGCAUGUCUGUACAUUGUCAGUAGUGUUUGAGUGGACUGUGUGUUUGUGUGUUGGAUUAUGUUUGGAUUAUUUGUAUGAAGGGGAAGUCCUGUGUAUAUCUAGCAGCGUGGGUGGGUUUCCUGGUGUCCACAGGAGACCGGGCUGGCCAGGUACAGGCCAAGGGCAGGAGCAGUGAUGAAAACUGCUGUGGGUUGCUCUGUGUGUAUAAGCAGUGUGUGUGUAAGAGUUAGUGUGUGUGUUAAAGCCAGUGUGUGUGUGUGUGUGUGUAUAAGCAGUGUUUGUAAGAGUCAGUGUGUGUGUAAGAGCCAGUGUGUGUGUGUGUGUGUGUGUGUAUAAGCAGUGAGUGUGUAAUAGCCAGUGUGUGUUUAUGUAUAGGCAGUGUGUGUGUAUAAGUAGUUUGUGUGUAAGAGACUGUGUGUGUGUGUGUGUGUAAGAGCCAGUGAAUGAGCGUGUGACACAAGGGGUUAAAGAGACCACAACAUUAGGAUGUAGACACAAAAACAUGAAAAGAAUGCCAAACAGGGGUGUUAUAGUCGUGACUUAAAUAUGAAUAUCAACUUAAUAAUUAAUAUAUAAUAAUUAAGCAACAAAUAACAACAUUAAUGGAGUUCGGUAUUAUGGUCGAAUAUAUAAUAGGAAAUACACAAAACAUUGUAGUAUUAAAUGUAUAUUUAAUAUAAUUAUAAUAACAAUUAAACAAAUGCUAGCAGAAUGUCAAUUUACCACAAUAAUUACACAAUACAAAACUACAACAUUACUUACAAAAGGCUAUAACAGUUGCUAGCUGUUAUAAUAGAUUACUUACACGGCUCCAGCCUGUUUGGCUGGAGCUAUACACACAGCUACAUGUUCAAUCAAAUGCAAGCAAAGGAAAAAGGAGGCUCAAAAUCCUUCUACUAUUUGGUUUUAUCCAGUAAGUAGGCUGGCCUGUGAUGUCACUGCCAGAAGCACAUGAGUUAGCACACUGACCCCUAGUGGUGCCUCUAAAGCAUUAAGCUCAUUAUGCUUUUUUUUAUGACAAAAAGUCAUUAAUUAUAAAUACCAUUACAAACCACCCUUUGACUUAUGUCAUAAAACAAACAUUAUAAACCCGUACAUCUUGAAUCUACCCUAUUUUAACAGUACCUGCCCUACAACAAAACCCACCUUUUGAAGAAUGAUACCCAUUUACCCGUAAAGUUAUGACACUUUAUUGCUUAUUCAAUUUUUUUUUUUUUCAUUGAGCACAUGCAUCACCAGUUGGGAAACCUUGGCCUAAAAUAAGCACAUACCCACCCUUAUAAUAACCACUGAGCACAUGCAUUAGCAUUUGGGAAACCUUGGCCUUAAAUAGGCAAAUACCCACCCUUGUAAUAAUAGACAACUCAAACCAUGUUUUAUUAGAUUAACCAAUGAUAUUGUGUUCAUGUGAGGAUGUGUUUUGGAGCUUAAUAUAGUAUUAGACACCACAAACGCAUAACACCUAUGAAUCAUGGCACAGACCGACUCGAUUUCUGUAGCCUCUGACUGGUCAGUGUGCCUGGAAUUUUCACAAACAUUAGUCCUGGAAACUGGAUACUCUGUUCUUCGACAGUCUCAUAGAACAUAAGCAUGGAGACAGGGAUGAAUGAAACAGUUCAUGAUCAAGGACUUUUGUGUGUUUGUGGUCACAUUGUUUUGUUUCUUCUUUCUUUAUACCAUUAACCACCUUGACGUAACAGUGUCCUGCUCCUGAUGCAUUUGUUCCGACUCUCACCACUCUUAGCUGCAAUAUUUUUUCUCCUUACAGCAACAAUUGAGCAUAGUGUCCAGUGCUUCUUCUUCUUCAGCUUAAAAUAUCCUUGCUUGAAAGUUCUUGAAUGAAAACACAGGCAAUGACGAACACAAACAUAAAUAAUAACUGUGCCAAUCAUCACAAGUACCAUUUGACUGUGGUGUCUUAACCAUAUUUUUUCCUAUGGCGUUUGGAUAAAUACCUACACACCUCUCUUCACAUCCAGCACACUCCUGAUUCACAGAUAAACACAAUAUCACUGCUGUAUCUACCAAUUUAACCCAAACACUCGUUAUUACUGCUGCAUUUACCAAUUUAAUCUAAACACUCGUUAUCACUGCUGUAUUUAACCAAUUUAAUCUAAACAUUAACCAAAACAAUUACAUUCCUAUUUACCACCCUUCUAUUUAAACAUGUAUAGAUAACCCAAAAUGCCUACUUUCUCUUAUCCCUCUUAUCAUUCUUCCGUUUUUUUUUUGUUUUUUUUUUUUUUAACUGCAACCACUCAUGCACUUUACACAGACACAAAUCAAGCACCUACUGGACAAUGGGGUUCCCUCGUUAGAGCCCUCCCACCCCAGUUUGGUUUACACAAAAAUACCCCCUGGUCCCUAUGGGUCAAUUCCCCCCUUUCCCAGGCAAGCAUACAUACAUACAACAAUAAUACAUAAGGGUUUCAAUUGCAAUACAAUCACUAGAAAUAAGAGAAUAGUAUGCACAAAAUCAUAGCAUGGACAUGUUAAAUAGACAAUAAAAUAAAACAUUCAAUAGCUCAUCAAAGGUCAACAUUUAAACACUGGUCUCCAUCUGAUAUUCUAUCUGUGUUCCAAUGUCCACCUCUGGUUUCUGCUACAUCUGAAAAGGUUAGGAAACAGAUCAGGAUUACUUUCCUAGUCACUUAUAGCGUAUACUGCAAAUAUUUUACUUAGAAUAUAUAUAUAUACACACACAGACAUGUAAACACAUUCCUUCAGCUUUUCAUUUUAUAAACAAUUUGUUCAACAAGGUAACUUUCUUAAUUUUGUUUAAUCAGCUAAUAGCUGCUUUCUGCAUCUUCCUUGCAAUUCAGCAGUACACAACACUAAAAGUCCAAUGCUCAGUACCCCCUAGCCUAAAUUCCCCACCCGCUACUGUAACUAAGUUUACAGCCCACGUUAUGGCAGUUCACCCGCUAGGCAGAUAUGCUCAGUACCCCCUAGCCUAAGUUCCCCACCCGCUACUGUAACUAAGUUUACAGCCCACGUUAUGGCAGUUCACCCGCUAGGCAGAUAUGCUCAGUACCCCCUAGCCUAAGUUCCACACCCGCUACUGUAACUAAGUUUACAGCCCACGUUAUGGCAGUUCACCCGCUAGGCAGAUACACAAUACACCCACUUAUUACUUAUUUUAUAUUUCCUGGUCUCUCAGGGAUAUACAAUAGCUAAUCCCCUUCCCAGGGCAAUAUAAAACUGACAGAAACUUUUAAGCAAUACAGGAUUUCAAAUGGACUUAUGAGUAACAAAUUUCUAGCCAACUUAAACAUGUUUAAUAACUUUCCACCCUUUGGUUAAAUUAUAGAGGAGUGAACCACAACACCUCUUCCGCCUCUGAAAGGAUAUAGGUCAAUAUGUCUCAAAGUUCAACACUUCUGACAGCUAUGAGUGACUCCCUAUUAAUUUCUAGCCUUUCCACGGACAUGCUUGCACCUCGCGGCUAAGGGCCUGCACAACUAACCACCCUGUGAUGGCAGUGGCUUUCCGCAUGGGGGUGACCGCCCCCGCAAAAUUAUAGAGGAGCAAACAUACAGCAGCCUCUUUUCCGGCUCGAUUAAAGGUUCUGGGCCAAUAUGUCUGCAAUUUAACCAGUACACUCACGUAUCACUUAUUGUAUAUUUCCUGGUCUCUCAGGAAUUUCUAUUAAAUAGCGUAUCCCCUUCCCAGAGCAAUAUAUAUAAACAAUUACAAAUAAGUUACAAAACGCUACUUAUAAGUAAUACAGGGUUUCAAAUAAUAAUAAUACAGGAUAGAACUGCACAACAACUAUUGGGUAUGCUCCCCCUUAUCCGGACAUGUUUAAAUACCGGGAUACAAUAUACAAAAAAAGGAAAACAAGAAAGAAAAAGGUGCACAAAAGGGGCAAAAGAAUGGGUAAGAGGGUCAAAAGGGAGAAUAUUAGACAGACAGGUUAAGACAAAUUUUGGGGGGAGCAAAAUGUGUCUUCGCCUGUGCAGACAGAAGUCCUUGCACCGGCCGGUAGUAGGUGGAUGUAUAGAUUCACAAAGCCUGGUGGUUUAGCAAAGGAAGAGAUAACUCUUAAUAAACAGCCCACCUAUAUUUGAGAUCUUUGUACCUAUGUGUGGUUCUUUUGUCUUUCUCACGGAAGUGUGUGAAGAUGGCAGAAUGGCUUCACAAAUUUCAAUUUUGUAUUUAAAAAAAGGACAGUCUUCAUACUUAAACAACUUUAGCAUGAUAAAGCAGUUUUGGUGUAUAGAUCAUGCCCCUGCAGUCUCAGUGCUUAUCUCUCUGUAAUUUAGGAAUUAAAUAAUUUUAUUUAUGCAGCCAUAGCAAUCGUUUUUCAUUAUUUUAUUUUUGCGCUUACAGUAUCCCAUUACAUUUACAUUUGUAUGAUUCACUUUUAGUAUCCUACUACUCCAGAAUAUGCUUUUAAUGAGUAAUCAUUUUGUAAAUGUUACAUUUUAUACAUAUCACAGAUGCUAAUUCUGUUUAUUGGUCAGACUCCUGUCCCUAUCUCAUAAACACAUAGCCAGACACUUUGGCCUUAAUUUAAUAUCGUUGGAUUAUAUUUUAUAAUAUUUUGAUAUGCUGACAUUUUUUUUUAAAUAUAUGAUAUAUUUUUUCAGAUUUUAAUAUUUUGAAAAACUAUUUUUUAAACGUUUAUCCAAACAUAUUAAAUAAUUUGGAAGGCGUAUCCAACAAUAUUAAAUUAAUGCCUUUAUAAUGUAUCGCUUCUCCAGAGGAACUGUAAUUGGCAGGCCUCUUCAUUCUUGCACACUUCAUAGAAAGUUUUGUAGGUCAAGAUUUAAGGCUGCAAUCUAGCAACCAAUAAGAGAUGUGAAGGUUCAGAUCUGACAACUACAUGGUUUAUUUGUAGGCUAUAUUUUUUCAAGAUGCUAAUUUUAAUUAAAAUGACUUGGUAGUGAAAAUUGGUAAGUGCCAUUAUUAACUGUGAUCAGUGUAUUAUGUUUCAUUGUUAUCUACUUUUUUCCUGUGAAAUCUAGUUGCUCGAGGUUCUGGAGGGUGCCCUGGCUGUCCUGCACCUAUUGCUUUGAAUGACUCUAGGUUUCAGGAUAUUGCAAACAAGGCCAUUGAGAAAUUUAACACGAAAAGCAACUACAACAAAUAUUUUGCAAUUGGUAAUAUCACAAAAGCCACAGCUCAGGUAGGAAUGCACAUGUGUUUCCAGGAAAAUCAGGAAUUUGGUUGAAUUCUCUAACAGAAAAGAUUGUUAUUUUAUUGUUAUGGGUUAUGCACUAAAGUUGGAAUUGUCAGACUUUAUCUUAAUUAAGUUGUUAUGGUACCUGGAGUGUUUUUUUUUAAAGCAGGGAACCUUCAGCACUACAUCUGUGUUGUGGGCUACAUCUACCUUGAUGCUUCGCAAAUGUUAUGGCUGUAAGAGCAUUAUGGGUGAUGCAGUCCAAAACAUCUGGAGUGCCGAAGGUUGCCUACCCCUGGUAUAUGGCAUACCUAACAAUGUUUAUGUAGUUGCAAACAUCUCUGACGUUCUGCUCAAGUUUGUAAAUACUUGGUAAACGUUUGAUGAAUGGAGCCAGUAAUAAGGGAAACUUAGUUUUUAAAUACCACAUCAUUAGAUACCAAUAAUAAUACUGUUUUUAGAAGCCUUAGUAAUUUUACCUGAGAUUUUUAAGCCCUGGCAUUAUAUAUUUGUGGUCAAUGUUAAUAUAAAAGAGUAUGAUGAAUGAUUAAGUUGGUAAGUCAUAUUAAGUAAUGCAUUGAAUCGUUUGGAGUAUGGAACUCUUUAAUGACCACUGAAAACAUACACGUAAUUCCUUUAAGUGAAUUGACCUUGUGUUUUUCUCUGUGAUUUAAAGGUGAUUGCUGGAAUUGCAUAUCAUGUUGAGUUUACAAUUCAAGAAACAUCCUGCAACAAAUCAGUAUCGACUGAAAACCUGGCUCUCUGCUCACCCUUAGAUUGUGAAUUUGCAGUAAGUAUCAUUUAUUUAUAUUUCAAAUAAACAUUGUCUCGUAUAACUCAACUAAGCAUAAGAAGACAGCAUGUAGACGUGGUGAGGUGUCCUCCAACUAUCCUCUGAGCUCCCAGAAACCAAAUAUAAGAAACCCAUAGUACACCAAAGUAUUGCACAAGAGAAACUUUAUUCACAAAGUAUGUGAUCAUAGAUACAACAGAAAUAAAGUGCUAACAUAUAAAGUGCUUAGCAAUACAGGUUUUUAAUUGUUUAUUAUGGGAUGCACUUUUAGAGGAGGUAUAAAACAGGAACUAUGACCAUAAUCUUUGAGAUUCCUUGAGGAAGACGAGUACCCAAAAUGUUGGGGCUUUGUGGUCUCCAGCUCUUGGUCAGUAUACUUGAAAAUACAGUUAUGAGUUGAUGCAUGUAGACUUUACUAGUGGACUAUUGUAGGUAUGUGUAUUGUAUUGUUAAGCACUUUAUGUUAGCACUUUAUUUAUAUUGUAUCUAUAAUCACAUAUCUACGAUCACAUACUUUGUAUUUCUCUUGUGCAAUUCUUUGGUAUGUAAUAGUUUUGCUAUAUUUAGGAAAAAAAUACAGACUCCUGAAAGCUGAAGUACUUUAUGCAUCUAGAAUGUUCCUUUAACAUUUUUUUCCCCAGGUGUUGCUUUGUUACAUAGAAACAUAGAAUGUGACGGCAGAUAAGAACCAUUCGGCCCAUCUAGUCUGCCCAAUUUUUUAAAAAUACUUUCAUUAGUCCUUGGCCUUAUCGUAUAGUUAGGAUAGCCUUAUGCCUAUCCCACGCAUGCUUAAACUCCUUUACUGUGUUAACCUCUACCACUUCAGCUGGAAGGCUAUUCCAUGCAUCCACUACCCUAUCAGUAAAGUAAUACUUCCUGAUAUUUUUUUUAAACCUUUGCCCCUCUAAUUUGUAGUAGUUGUAGUAGUUUUUCUUUUUUGAAAUAUAGUCUCCUCCUUUACUGUGCUGAUUCCCUUUAUGUAUUUAAAUGUUUCUAUCAUAUCCCCCCCGUCUCGUCUUUCCUCCAAGCUAUACAUGUUAAGUUCCUUUAACCUUUCCUUGUAAGUUUUACAUUGCCUACCUUUAAGUCAUCAGAAAUAAUCACCCCUAAAUCCCUUUCCUCAGAUGUUGAGGUUAGGACUCUAUCAAAUAUUCUGUACUCUGCCCUUGGGUUUUUACAUCCAAGAUGCAUUAUCUUGCACUUAUCCACUUAAAGUUGCCACAACUUUGACCAUUUUUCUUGUUUACCUAAAUCAUUUGCCAUUUGGCUUAUCCCUCCUGGAACAUCAACCCUGUUACAUAUCUUAGUAUCAUCAGCAAAAAGGCAUACCUUACCAUCAAGACCUUCUGCAAUAUCAGUAAUACAAACAUUAAAGAGAAUGGGUCCAAGUACAGAUCUCUGAUGUACCCAACUGAUGACAAGCCCAAGCUUCGAAUAUAUUCCAUUAACUACAACCCUCUGUUGCCUUUCACUCAGCCACUGCCUUACCCAUUUAACAAUAGUGGAUCCAAAACUUAAAGAUUGAAGUUUAUUGAUAAGCCUCCUAUGUGCAACAGUGUCAAAAGCCCUACUGAAAUCUAGGUAAGCAAUGUCUACUGCACCACCCUGAUCUAUUAUUUUAGUUACCCAAUCAAAAAAAUCAAUAAGAUUAGUUUGGCAUGAUCUCCCUGAAGUAAACCCGUGUUGUCUCAUAUCUUGAAAUCCAUGUGUUUUUAGAUGUUCAACAAUCUGAUCCUUUAACAUGGUUUCCAUAACAUGGCUUUUAAAUUUAUAUUAAAGAUUGGCAAAUUAUAUCAUAAUUCAGUUCAUUCCAGACUCCGCCACGGCAUACAGUGCAAAUAAGGAGGUGAGAUGAAAACAUUGUUCCAUUUCUUCACUUCAUUGUAUGAAAUGUUUUUCGGCACUGAAUGUGCAAAGCGCAGAGCUUAUAAUAAUGACCCACAAUAAGCUAAGAUGGAGGCGCCCACUGGAAGGAUAAAGAGAUGUGGAUUUCUCCAUUAAAUUGUAUAUCUAUCAUAUUUAACAAGAAUACAUUUGUUAAAUAUAGGGGAUAAAUAAAUAUAAUUUUAAAGGAACACUAUAGUUUUAGGAAUACAAAACUGGGUUAUGUCUAAUAAACAGUUAUUUUUGUUUAUCUAUUUUUCUAUUUGGACAGUGGAUUGUGCCUUUAAACUGGCAGUAAAGGUACAGUAAAUUCCAUUUUGUUGAGGAAUCAAUAAAUUAAAUAACGAUUUUCAAUCCAGAACUUUUUUUAAGAAUAAUAUGAAUUUUUGUUCCCUAGCACACUGGCUACUGCAAAGGCCGGGCAUUAGAACAUUGGAGCAGACCAAAUGAUCCAUAUUUGUCAGUGACCUGCAAAGUAUUUGAGCCAGAGGUAUGGAAUAAAUCAUUAUUUUUUAAAGAAAAAAAGAUAAAAUGGAAAAACUAACCCAUUUAAGUGGUCUCUCGAUCUAUCUACAUUCACUGUAAUGCUAAUACUGCUAAUGCUAUUUCAUCAAGUUUAAUUGUUGCUUUCCAAAUGCUGUUUUAUGUCAUGAUUACAUAGAAAUUACUUAUUAAACUGAAUUUUAAGCAUUAAGACUUUCUUACGUUCCAUAACCCCAUUAAAACUAGCUGUGUAGGUACAUCUUUUACUAAUGUCAGUUUUUUAUUCUUCAUAUAAUUAUACAUACCAAUUAUUUGAACCUACAGGAUGCUAUUGUUGAAGAGCAACACCAUCAAGAUGGCCAUACUGAUCCAAAACCUGAGAAAAAUGCUGGAAAACGUCAACCUGGUAAGAAGGAAGAAAAACAAGGGAAGAAACCAGGGAAAUCUGAUCAUGAUCAUGAUGAAAAUGAUGGUCAUGAACAUGACCACCAGCAUCUCCACCCCCAUGAACAUCAUCACCCUCAAGUGGGGAAAAGACGCCCAUCAAAAUCUGAAAAACCGGAAGGCACAAUUACAUAUGUAGGUACUGAAGAAGAGCCCAAAGACAAGAAAGACAAAAAGAAUCCUGGCAAAUCCAAGCCAGAAAAAGAAAAGGGCCCUAAAGGUGACAAAACACCACCACCUGGGCCUGCUAAAGCAUCCAAGUCAUUUAUUCAUCCGUUUCCUGAACAAGCUUCACCAUCUGCUCAGUGCCCAGGAGAAGUCAAGACCUAUGUUCCACCUGUUGCCCCAGUGGACUCAACAGCGCUUCCUUUUUAAAUAUGCAAUAACUUUGAUUUGUUUUUUAUUACAUUUUACUUUUUCUUUUUCACAUACACCAUUAUGUUUUAUUAUUCACUUACAAGAUGUACAAACUUAAAAGAGGCAAUAAACAAUAACUCUCAAAUCAAGUUGUGUCUCAUACUAGUUUAUGUAGAUUUAAUUGGUCAACUAGAAGUAAGAAUGGCAGCGUUCAUGCAUAGUACAAGCCUAGCAGUCAGAGACAUGGUUGUAACAUAAUAUGAGUGACAGUUUCUAUGUAAUAUGUUGGAGUUACAUUUUACACAAUAAACACAAGUUAUCUGGAGCAUGAAAAUAAAAGUGUAUAUUAAACCAAAACAUUGGUUUAUCAGUCUCAAAGGGUUUCCCCAACCAUUUUUCUUUCACCUUUGUCAAUAAAGCACUAUUGGAAUUUUUCUUCAGUGUCCACCCCUUGCUUUAGAAGUGUUUUAAAAUAAGGUUUACUUAAUUAAAUCUGCCGGGUGGGUAAUGCUCUCGGUGCAGCUCGGUGUGCCUUAGUUUCACAUCACGGGAGCCGUGCCGAGGUUCAGUCAAAGGCUUCUUACAGAGAAUAAAGUGAAAUGAAGGAAACAAAAAAUCUUCCAUAACUGAAAGUUUCUCAAUGCUAAUGUGAAAGUGUGAUACUCCUGGU